AUGGCGUACGAUGUCACCACUCUAGGGACACCCCCGCCGGCUUUAAAAAGGGUGGCUGGCGGAGACAGCACAAGAUGGGCUGAGCAGCCGCCGCCGAAGAAGCCGCGGCCGGGGGCCUGCUGCGAGGGGGACUGCAAGCGCUUGUGGGACGUCUACUACGACAAGCUCGACGCCUACGAAAAGUUGGUCGCCGAGAGGACGAGGGGGAAGUAA